AUGAACACGCAGGACGGCGGAGAGAUGGAGCAGAAGGAAGGGGAGCCCUCCAAGGACGGGACCACUGUCUCCCCAGCCGCAGAGGCCCCGGUGACGCAGGGAGGUGGAGCCUCUGCAGAAAAGGAGGCCAAAGCCACAGCGGAGAAGAUCCUCAAAGAGGGGCCUCCGGAAAGAGCACUGGCCGAGGCCAGCACGUCAGCUGAGUUUCAAGGGGAAGCAAACGGGUGGGAUGAGGUCAAGGUGGAAGCCAAAGGGGAGGCAGAACUUCACAAGGAGGGCGGCGGGAAGGAAGAGAUCACGGCGGCUCCUCAGGAGACCGCUGAUGGGAAGGAAGAGACCCAGCUUGACCCUAAGGAGGCCAAGGAAGGGCAGGAGACCACGCCGGCCUCCGAGAAGCAGCAGGCUGACGAGAAGCAGGCCGAGCCUGAAUCUAGGGAGGAAGCCCACGUGAGUGAGGAGGCCAAGGCUGAGCCCAAGCAGGCCACUGGGGAGCGGGAGGCCGAGACUGGGGCCGAGGAGGCUGAUGGGAAGGAGGGGGCCACAGUGGCCUCUCAGGAGGAGAGCGACAAGCCGGAGGGGCCUGCAGCGGAAGCUCAAGGGAAAGCGGGUGCCCCAGAGGCCGGGUCGGACUCGGAGACGAAGGCUGCCGUGGAAGAGGAGGAGGCCGAGGCUGAGCCUCAGGAGGCUGACGUGAAGGAGGCGGAGUCAGGUGGUCCCCAGGAAGAGCAGGACCAGGGUGUGGAGAGAGAGUCGGAGGAAGGAGCAGGAGUGAUUCCCAGCUCCCCCGAGGAGUGGCUCGAGAGCCCCACGGAGGAGGGCAGUGGCCUCAGCCCAGGUGAGUUGGCUCCAGACACCGCAGCAGCUUCGGGAGAGACCAGUCCUUCGGCCAGUGAGUCUUCACCCAGCGAUGCGCCCCAGACUCCCACGGAGCCCCCUCCCUCACAGGAGAAGAAGAAAGAGAAGGCACCGGAGCGCAGGGUGUCGGCCCCUGCCCGGCCCCGGGGGCCCCGCGCACAGAACCGCCAAGCCAUCGUGGACAAGUUCGGAGGGGCAGCCUCGGGCCCCACGGCCCUGUUUCGAAACACGAAGGCAGCGGGGGCAGCCAUUGGCAGUGUCAAGAACAUGCUCUUGGAGUGGUGCCGGGCCAUGACCAGAAACUACGAGCAUGUGGACAUCCAGAACUUCUCCUCCAGCUGGAGCAGUGGCAUGGCCUUCUGCGCCCUCAUCCACAAGUUCUUCCCCGAUGCCUUCGACUACGCUGCCCUGGAGCCCUCACAGCGCCGACACAACCUCACCCUGGCCUUCUCUACUGCUGAGAAACUGGCCGACUGUGCCCAGCUGCUGGAGGUGGACGACAUGGUGCGGCUGGCGGUGCCCGACUCCAAGUGCGUCUACACCUACAUCCAGGAGCUGUACCGCAGCCUGGUGCAGAAGGGACUGGUGAAGACCAAGAAGAAAUGAGGGGGUGACCGGCGCUGCAGGCGGAGGGGGGCGGGACGCCCGGCUGACCGGCCACGGCCCCCCGAGGCCGCCGGAGCUGGGGCUCGAGCGAGGGCAGGUGGCACCAGUCUUAAACGCAUUAAAGGUACUUUUGUAAAAUCCUGUCUGGCCCUUCGGUGCACCCUACACCCCCCGCCCAGGAACCUCGCUCACUCUGGGGUAAUGAAGCCCGGCCGCCGGGCUUCCUCACCG